UCUCGCCACUUAAUAGCUCAUCAGAGUACGAUCAUCCAAAAUCGUGCUAAGUUUUUCUCACUAGCCAAGAUGUUGAAGCUCCUAGUUACGGUCGCGUGCUUAGCGUUGGUCGCACAGGCGACCGUCGUGCAGAUUCCUUUGAAUAAACCAAACCAAAAACGUUACUUGAAGAAUGUCGGCGCACAGCUGGCGGUGCUGCGUAGCAAAUACAAUACCCGUCCACGCGCUACGGACGAGCAGUUGCACAAUUAUUUGGACGUUUCUUAUUAUGGCGCUAUCACCAUUGGUACACCACCGCAAAACUUCCAAAUACUCUUCGACACCGGUUCAUCGAAUUUAUGGGUGCCCAAAGGACCAUGCUCAGGCGAUCCGGCUUGUAAUAAUCACAACUCAUAUGAUGCCAGUAAAUCGAGUACAUACCAGGCGAACGGCACAGCCUUCUCCAUUCAAUACGGUAGUGGCAGUCUCUCUGGCUAUUUGGUUGAAGAUACCGUAAGCGUUGCUGGUUUAGCUAUAACCGGUCAAACAUUCGCUGUAGCCACAACGGAACCCGGUACAACUUUCGUUGACGCCGUAUUCGAUGGUAUAUUUGGUAUGGGUUAUCAGGAGAUCUCGAAUGAUAAUGUGGUGCCACCAUUCUAUAAUUUGUACAAGCAAGGUUUGGUCGAAAAGCCCGUUUUCAGUUUCUAUUUGACACGUGACGGCACUGCUAGCCAGGGUGGUGUCUUAACUUUGGGCGGCAUUGAUAGUAAUCAUUAUGAAGGUGCGAUAACCUAUGUUCCUGUCUCAAGUCAAGGCUAUUGGCAAUUCAACGUGGAUACGGUAUACAUUGGUGGUAGCGAGUUCUCGAGCGGUGAUUCGGCUAUUGCUGAUACCGGUACCAGUCUUGUGGCAGUACCCUACUAUUUAUAUGGAUACGUACAGGAACUCAUUGGUGCUGAACCCAAUUACGACGGACAAUACUUUGUUGAUUGCUCACAAGUAGCUAGCUUACCAAUAGUUUCGUUCACCAUUGCUGGCACUACUUUCUCUUUGGAGGGCAGCGACUAUAUCGUUAAGAUGGAGGCUGAGAAUGGUGAGCAAGUGUGCAUGUCUGCUUUUGAAGAUGGUGGUACUUCUUUCUGGAUCUUGGGUGAUGUUUUCAUUGGAAAAUAUUACACCGUUUUCGAUUUGGGCAACAACCAAGUUGGCUUCGCUAAAGCUAAAUAAAUUUCAAGAAAUUUGCAAAUAAACGGUUAUAUAUAUUUGACUA